AUGGUGAAGAAUGAUGAUACUUCCAAGGGAUGCUCCAUUUUUAAUGGGACAAUAUCUGCAACCUCCCAUCCUUCAACUUGUCCAUGGCGCAUGCUUCAGAUCCCAAUAUCUGGCAGAAAUUCGCCGGAGAUUCCUUCACUGUUCCCAAACUCCAUUCCAAAGUAUACUAUUUCCCUCAAGGUCAUUUACAACACUCACACACUUGCAGAUCCGCUCAUUCUCUGUACAGUCUCCGCCGUCGAUCUACUUGCAGAUCCUGAAACUCAACAAGUUUAUGCAAAAUUACUCCUCACUUCUGUAAUUGACGGAAGUGUUGUUCCUCUUGAGGCUAGCAACGAAGAGGAUGUUGAUCAGAUUGUUUCAUAUGCUAAGACUCUAACCAGAUCUGAUGUUAAAAGCCGAAGUGUACUCUACGUACCUGCGGCCUGUGCCAAAUCGAUCUUCCCAGCACUCCCGCGGUUUGAUUCUAGAAACCAAUCUCCAUUUCAAGAUCUCUUCCUCACUGAAGUUUGCGGUGUAGUCUGGAAAUUUCGCUAUGUCUUCCGUGGGUAUACCUUACGUCACCUGUUCACCACUGGUUGGAGUGGAUUUGUCCGUGAAAAGAAACUCGUACGCGGUGAUACCAUUGUUUUUAUUAAAAACUCGGCUGGAAAUAUCUCUGUAGGAAUUCGCAGGAAAAUGAAUCUUCCUUCCACUGUUAAAAUAACGGAAAAGGAAGUUAACGAGGCUGCAGAAUUGGCAGAGAAGAACGCAGCUUUUGAGGUUGUGUACUAUCCGACGGUAGGUGGUUUUGAUUUUGUGGUGGGAGCUAAGAUAGUGGAGGAUGCAAUGAAGGUUAAUUGGAGACGUUGGAUGAGAGUUACACACAUGGUGAAGAAUGAUGAUACAACAAAUGGAUGUUCCAUUUUUCAUGGCACAAUAUCUAAUCUCUCAACUCCCGUAACUCGUCCAUGGCGCAUGCUUCAGAUUGAAUGGGAUGAACCUCAUGUCUCUGAGAAUCUAGAGCAAUUAUGUCCUUGGCAGGUUGAAGUUAUUUCUAACUCACUUACACCAGAUAUACAGUUUCCCCUAACAAAAAAAGUUAAGAGCUGCUCAAGAUUCUGUGUUAUCAAGUGA